GAGAAUGUCGAGUGUUCUGAUGGAAACGCAUCCAUAUCGUUGUUUAUCACCCAGUUGGGUUAGAAGAAUAUUACAUAUUGUGGCAGUUGUAGCUAAUACACCCAUUACUGUGGAAGACGUCCUUCUGACUCAAAGAAUAUGGGUGUAUGCGAACAAAACUUUUAUUUCUAUCGAAGACUGCUGGUUGAUAUUGGAAAGUAUAUUAAAGGAUGACAGGAUUUUGGGAAGACUUUUAAGAACAGCAACUUUCAUUACCCUCUUGUCUAUAGCCGAUGAAGAUCCAAGUCAACUGGAUUGGCGUCGAGUGGUUGACGACGCAUUUUCUCCUGAAUGGCGUUCAAAUAGUUGGGAACGCAAAGAAUGUUACCGACAGAGACUUAUAGUAUUAUGUCCAAUGUAUAUAUUUCGUUUGUGGAAUGAGGGCCGUUGUGAUAUGGAUACUGUUCAGAGAGUUUUUCAACUGUUGGAUGUAUUGGAACGUGAAGACUUUAGGUUGAUUUUGAAGCAGUUACUUGUGAGAAUCUCCAAAUCCAACGGGAAAGUUAGUUGGAAUACAAAGUUUUCAAUAGAACCUGUCGAUUGGGUCAUGAAAACGAAACGUUGGUUGAGUAAUGUCUUGCAGUUACAAAUCAACCAGUUUUCAGAAGAAAAACGAUUUAGUUAUCGUGCAGUGAUUGCUUUCUGGAAGUUGGCUAUAUGGUCACCCCAACAUACCUUUUAUCAGAUUUGCAACUCAGCUGUGUUGAGAGAAGGUGACUUAACAAAGUACCUAUCUCUGGUGAAGGAGUUGUAUCCGAUUGCUAGUUUUGAGUCGGAAGUUACUUCUCCAUGUGUAUUGAUUCAGUGGCUUCAACAGAGCUUACAAAUAGUUGUGGAAGAAGAGUCUGGGAUUGACCAUCCUUGGAUUCCUUCUCAAGUAUCUGCAGAAGCAUUGCGAGAAUGGACCAGUCAACUCAUGGAAGGAGGAGCCAGUGCAUUAUUGGAUCCAUUGCACUAUGUCUAUUAUGUUUUGGUUCCGUUGCCAGUUGUCGAAAAAUGGAUUCCCUAUAAAACAUUUUUCAAAUUGGAUAUGAUUUCAAAUUUAUUGGAAAUAGCGGAAAAAGGAUUGCUCCAGUAUUAUCGUAAUUAUAAUCAAAUGGUUGAAUGGGGUUUGCAUGGUGAGGAGAAAGAACUUGAGUUUAGAAUGUCCAUUGAAAAUAGUGUAUUUGAAUGGCUACGGAACAUUGAUGAAAAACGUUGGCUGUUGCCAUUUUCCGUUCGUAGAAAAUUUGUGAACUUUUUGUAUACAUUUCUACUAUUACCAAGGAAGGAACGAUCGUCACGAAACGAAUAUUGGAAUAGAUGGAUAUCCCAAACCAAUUGUUAUUCUACCAGAGUCUUGUUAUAUUGUUUAUAUUCUAGAACUUGCUUCGCCAAGUUACAAAUUCCGUGUACAUUUCAUAAUAAUGAUAUUCAAUUUGAUUGGAACGCUAUGAUUUAUUUAUAUUUAAGAGAAGUAAUCACAAUAGGUGAAGUAUCCUUGGAAUUGGGACGAGAAGCUUUCUUAUGUGUAUAUGAAUCUGCAACAAAGUGUCUGAGCACUAUAGAAAAGGAACUUGUACUAGUAGAGAUCCCUUAUCAGAUUGCACAGUUUAUUUGUGAUUGGGAGAGUAGCGAACAAUUGUGGCGUUUGAUUUUGUUACAAAAAUGGGUAUAUUUGUCAUCUUCGGAGCUGGAACGUUUAGCAUGUGGUCUUUUGACUUGUGCUGUUGAAUGUAAUACUUGGAAGGACUCAAUGAAAUCUUGGAUGCAAUCUAUUUAUAAAGAAAAUCCAUUGCUAUUGUCUUCACGUGAAGAUGUGCACGCUUCUAUAACGAUUGGUCAGUUCUUUCUUAGGCUUUUACCUUACUAUUAUCGAGUGGAUCAUUCUGUAUUGCUAACUUGUGAUAAUGAAUGUGUGGAAAGGAAGUAUGCCAUUCAAAUGGUUUCUGGCUUAAUACAAACAUUUCAAGCCAAGAUGAAUGUUCAAUCGAUAUCAAGGCUUUGUUAUGCUUUUGAAAUAUUGGUGGAAGCUACUGAAGUAUACUCUAGUCUUUUUGAUGAAAUUAUGUUAGAGAAGGAUGAAGAUAUUUUGGAGUUGUGGGAUAUAUUAUUAUUAGGUUUGAGUACAGAAUUAUGGCACAGUGAAAUGGGUAAUAUAUUUAUGGUUCCAUUUUUACAACAUACUCCAGAUUUGAAGAAUAACAAGUUGAAGGAACAACUCCAAAAUAAAUUCAACUAGGAAGAGUAACAAUGUAUCGACUGGAAAGCAAAAGAGAAUCUUUGGAGACCUUGGAUAUAUAUUAUAUAUUGAGGUAGUGAGAAACUUGGAUGAUGUAUCGUGGGUUUUUGAAUAUUUUUAUAAAAAAAGGAUCAGAAACUCAACUUGAUUUGGGCAACAAUGAUUCGUUUAGCAAAAUGUGCUAUCCAAUAAACAAGUCGUCGAAUCUUGUUCUUUCAUU